UUGCCGCUUAAACAGGCGUGUUGUACCCGGUCGUGUCGUCGUUCCAUUUGGUUCCAUUUAUGCGAAGGCUGUAACAGUGAAAGAUACGAAGAAACGAACGCUCGUAAGUGGCGAUGAGAUGUUAAUCGACCAUCAGUAGCGUACUUGUGAUUCGGAAAAAAUUUGAACGCACGAUGGCUGAUUCGUCUUAUGAGAAAGGGUUAACUGAAUUGUCGAAAAUGAAGGUAGCUGAUCUAAGGGCUGAAUUAAAACAACGAGGACUUUCCACUGCAGGCAAUAAAAAUGAAUUGGUAGAAAGACUCCAGUUAGCAAUUCACGGAGAUGCUGCAUUGUCUUUAGAUGAAACUACGGAAGAGAUUUUAGAUGAAGAUGAAGUACUUGGUGAUGAAGAAAUAGAAGAAUUAUCAAGUAAGCCAGACUCACAAGAGACCCCUGAGAAGCGAAAAUUGUCUAUAGAUAAUAUAACCAACAAUUCCAAUGCAAAAAAGAUAGUGCUAAACCGCAAAUCUGUAUUGGAAGAAAUAAAGAAUGACCAAAUGGAGAAGAAGGAAAAUAAAGGAGUGAAAGUGAUCGAAAGUGAUGACGCCCCGCCGGAGAAAAAAAUUAUUAAACUAUCCGAGCUCAGCACGAAAGAGAGAUUGGAAAUGAGAGCUAAGAAAUUUGGAAUGCCAUUAUCCGAGGCGGCAAAGAAAGAGGCUAGAUUAGCUCGUUUUAACGUAAAUAAUCAAAAUAAUAAAUCGGCUGCAUCUAUAAAGACACCUGUGCCUACUACAUAUGAAGUAUUGAAAAAACGUGCAGAAAGAUUUGGUACCUCAGUAUCUACUUUGAUGGAGAAGGUUGAGAUGGCUGAACGAUUGGAGAAAAGAAAGGCCAGAUUCGGUGAAGUGAAACCUGAGAAUAAACUAUCUAAGAAUAAUUCUAAGAUUAAGAUUGUUAAAUGAUACUCGGUGUUAUAUACUAAAUCAACGAUCUAGAUUACAAAAAUUUAAUUUAAGUCUUAUUUUGAAUAAACUAUUAUACACACGAGAAAGGAGAAUAAUGACUCAUUGAAGAUAAUGUAUAAUACUUUUUAAUACCAUUAUUACUUCAAUAUUAAAGCAACCAUACUUUUUUC